UGGCUGAAGGGAAGCUACAUGGUCCCAGAGAACAGCCAGCUGAAGAUUCUCCUGUCCGCGCUAGAUGCUUCUGUCAACUUGUCACUGGCCGCACGGCAGAAACUGGUGUGUCCAUGUGGCUGAGCGAACAUGGAGUUGUUUGUUCGAUAUAUGGACAGGAGCAAUUCGAUCAGCUCUGUGACAACUCAAGAUGUGAAAGAAGAGAGUCUGAGAGAUGACCUGAGGUAUUACUUCAUGAACCCAUGUGAGAAGUACAGAGCCCGACGACAUAUACCCUGGAAACUGGGAGUGCAGAUUCUGAAAAUCGUCAUGAUCACUACCCAACUCAUCCUAUUCGGCCUCAACAACCAGCUGGUGGCCUUCUAUAAGGAGGAGAACACCAUGGCCCUGAAAAACCUUUUCCUGAAGGGCUACAAGGGCGUCGAUGAGGAUGACUAUAGUGUUGCUGUCUACACCCAACAUGAUGUUUAUGACAGUCUGUUUUACGUCCUGGAUCAGUACAGCCAGUUGGGACAGCUCUCUGUGGGUGCUGUUGCUUACGCUGAGGAUGGAGAUGGCAAGCUGCUGCCUGUCAGCAUCUGUAAAGAAUACUACAAGAAAGGCAUCAAGGAGUCCUCAGAUGAGGUUUAUAAUAUAGAUGCCCAGCUGGAGAGAAUUUGUAUGUCACAUGAUCCUAAGACUGCAAACCAGUGGAGAGCCCACAAUUCAUCGUUUUUUGAUUUGGAGUUUUACAGGCUCAUUGACAUCAAAAUAACCUUCCAGCUGAAGGGAAUCAACCUACAGACGGUGCAUUCACGGGAGCUGCCUGACUGCUACUCGUUCUACGUCACUAUAACAUUUGACCACCAGUGUCACAGUGGAAAGGUGAAAAUAUUCCUCGACAUAGAUACUCAGAGCAGUGCGUGCAAAGACUGGAAGAUAUCUGGGACAGCUCAGAAGAACACACACUAUCUUCUGGUGUUUGACGUCUUCGUCAUUCUGGUUUGCCUCACAUCAGCUGUGCUGUGCACCCGCUCCCUCGUACUGGCUGUCAGGUUACUCCAGAGAUUCUCUCGAUUCCUCAGUGAGAACUACAGUCGUAGAGUGUGUGAGGACGAUCAAAGGGAGUUCCUGAACGGCUGGUAUCUGCUGGUCAUUGUCAGUGACCUCUUGGCCAUAGUUGGAUCCAUCCUAAAAAUGGAAAUACAAGCAAAGAGUCUAACCAGUUAUGAUGUGUGCAGUAUCUUCCUGGGAACGUCUACGUUAAUGGUGUGGGUUGGUGUGAUCAGGUACCUGGGAUACUUCCAGAAAUACAAUGUGUUAAUUUUAACCAUGAAAGCAGCAUUCCCUAAAGUCCUGCGUUUCUGCUGCUGUGCCGGCAUGAUCUACCUUGGCUACACGUUCUGCGGCUGGAUUGUACUGGGUCCGUACCAUGAGAAGUUCGAGGGCCUGAGUCGUGUGGCAGAGUGCUUGUUCUCCCUGUUGAACGGUGACGACAUGUUCACCACCUUCGCCCAGCUGAAGGGCACAAACAUGCUGGUGUGGCUCUUCAGCCGGGCGUACCUCUUCAGCUUCAUCUCUCUGUUCAUCUAUAUGGUGCUGUCGCUCUUCAUCGCCCUCAUCACAGAUGCCUAUGAAACCAUCAAGAACUAUCAGAAGGAUGGAUUCCCACUGACAGACCUGCGGAAGUUCCUCAGCGAAACAAAAGAUUUUCCUGCUGUAGAAGAGAGAAGUCAGUCAGACUUUCGCACCAAAAACUCAGUCUUGUGCUGCCAAAGCAGGCCUUGUCAGGCUGUACCCAUCCUAAUGAAGAAGAGGCCUGUUGAACUAAAUCUACAACAUGCAAGAUGGAAAAACAUGAGUUUUCCUACACGUAAAUGUUGACAUUGUUCACUUAUCAAAACCAAAUGCCUGUAGAACAUUUAUCUUCAGUUUGUUUAUUUAGACAUGACUUUUUAAUGUUG